AUGCUGACUCUGGAGAGAAGAAAGUCGAUCCUGAGCAAUGCCUAAAGCUACCUGAUGUAACCACAGUUAGCAAGAACGUUAGUCCCCAUGAGACGACUGGAGCGGCUAUGAGGAAAAGAUCCCACAGAAGUCCCAGCCUCAAGAAAAGCCCCUUUGGACCUAGUCCCAAGAGGCUGUCUCCCUGGAGAAGCAGUUCCAGGAAAGACCGUACAUCGAGUUCUUUUAACUUGUCCCCGAGACGGCUCAUCACCACUCCUCAAGCCAAACGUCGCUCUUGGCGUCGUUCGAGCCUGAAGGGGACAAAACGCCGAAAAUCUCUGCCUCCCGUUCACCAGGAUGUCACUGAAUUAAGCAAAUCAAUUAGCCUGGAUCUGCCAGAGAUAGACCGGCUUUCUGCGCUGUUGUUGUCCAGUUUCCAGUUUUCUGCGCAGAAGCUCGAACAUAUCUUGAAGCAGACUGACAGCUUUAGCCCUGAGGCUUUCCAAGCUAACGUGCAGUCGGUUUCAGAAGACCUGCAGCGAUAUGUGCAGAAGUUGAAACGAGAUGGAACGCUGAAGAGCUGUGUAGAAGACCCUAAAGGGGUUUUACUGGACUUGGCUUUGGAUGAGUCGGUGGCCCAAGUUAAGGAGUACAUCACCAGGUUCGCUGCCGAGUGUCAGGCCUGGGAUCAGCUCUUACUGCGCUACCAAGAAAGUGCUGAAGAAAUGUCCAGGCAGCUGGAGGAAUGCAAGAAGGAUCGAGGACAGGCGGAGCCUCUGACUUACCUCCAAACUUCUCAGGGCCACGUCCUCAGCAGCAAACCCAACUACCAGAAGAUCCUGGAGGACCAGGGGGAGGUCCUGAGCUGCAUGGAGCUUGUGAUUGAUGAACUACAGCAAGCUGUGAAGCUGCUGCAGGCUUUCAGCGAAGACAGCCAGCAGUACCUGCGGCGACUGUCGGAGCAGCUUGGUAAGCGGGAGUCCCUCGAGGAAGGGAAGCCU